AUGAAUGCGUUGGGCCCUCCUCACCCGAUGGGCCCACCCCAGGCUCAGCUUCCUGGUCUAGGUCGAGACCUGGAGACUGCUACUCGCCGUCGAAUGAAUGCGCUUAUCUCAGCGCUGCUGAAGGACACCACAUGGUUCAACUACGUGGACGUCCUUGAGUGGGAUUAUGAAGAGAUGAAGGCGUUGGUGGCAACCGAGAUGGUACCUGACCAGCCCAGUUUACUGGGUGGUGCCGCGAGUUCGAACCUUGACCAGUCGACUGAUGGUACCUCCAACAUGGGUACUCUUAGCCGAUUUCCCUUGGAGAUCAUACAUGAGAUGAUGAACCACAUGGACAUGCUCACCUUGUCGAGAUUUGGUCGCACCUGUCGUUAUGCUCUCGAGGCUUUCAAAAGCCAACCUACGUACAAGCUACUGAUGGAGAAUUCCAAUAACAAGCUCCCAGAGCUGCUGUCAUCCACCAAAGUGAUUUAUUGGCACAGUCUUCUCAACUUGAAGGCGGAGCUUCAGUUCCCAACUUGCCGAGCAUGCGGUACUCUCACCUCAUACCUUUAUCUCCCGACCUGCGAGCGACUUUGCCGAAACUGCGGUGAAUUCGACAAAAACUACUGGGUCAUUGAGACCUACGAUGCGGAAACGGCGUUUAACCUCGAUAUGGAGGAUUUGCGAAGCGGGGUCCCUAUUACAUGCCUCAAGCCAAGCGCAUAUCACGGCCCUCAUUUCCCUGUCGCUCGACGCGGCACUUCAUACCUAUGUCCUGUCAAGUCCGUCAUGGAAGUCGCAGUCCGACACUGGGGCUCUGUGGAAUUAAUGCGAGAGGCUGCUGAACAAAUCUCACCCGACCGAUUCUCCGAUUGCACUGAGCGCGAACUCACCGAUGCCGCACUAUUCCGUUACCUGCGUUCCGACCAGCCUCCCCUCGACCCCAAUGUCUCACAAGAUUUACUAAAAGGACGUCUUCGAGCUACUGACCUGAAUGCACAGCUAGCACCUGGUUUCCCCCAUGUACCGGCACCCCGCGCCACAGAUUCCACCGAGCGCUUCUAUUGCAAGGGCUGCAAGUGGUGUAUCGAUAAGGGACUCGCACCCCUGCCCGAUGCGCUUGAGUACAUGGGCAUAGAUCCGCAAUCCGAUAAGUCCCAGGUCGCCCUUAUCCUCGCUACUCGUGCUCGAACCGCCCGAAGCUGUUCUGACCUCUUUGUUCACGUUAUCUCUUGUCUUGGCUGCUGUGUUAUUAUGUGGAACGCUCGAGCCACCGAUGCAGACCGACAGAGAGUACAAGCUGCUGCGAGAGCCUAG